AUGUUCAGUAUUUUGGAAGCCGAUGAAGCGGUGAACGUUCAAGCGUCCUUAGGAAGGUGGAAGGUGGUUCAGUGGCGGUCGAAGCACCGAGCCGGUCGGUCGAUCCCACGGCGGCACCACGUAAAUGUUCAAAGUUUACGAAACGCAUAUACCUUAGUUGUGCAAGAUAUCGAAAUGUUGACCAUCGCUUCGGUCCUGUUUGUUCUGCACUUUGCUGCUGCUGAAAUACGUAAGUAUUGCGUGACGUGGGCAAUUGGGAAAUCAGACCGUCUUAAGGGAUGA